GAAUUUGACAGAAAGGCAUAUAGGUAAACAGAUUUAAUAUUUAGUUCAAUAUUGUUUCACGUUAUGAGGCGUAUAUAAGAAUUAAAAAAAAAUAGGCCUGAUUUAAGGUCUAGAGGGAUUUGUGAUAAGACUGAUUUAUUUGGUUAAAAAAUACUUUUCUUGAACCUAUUUUUUAAAAAUGGUAACAUUUAGUGCUACCACAAUAUAUGUACCAAGAAUAUGAGAACUGUAACAGAUGAAAAUCUGACAGGCGCAAUUAGUAAGACAUAAAGCGGUAGGAAGUGAACCGAAACUGUCUAUUAAACUUUUUGCAUUUAGACUUCUUAAUUCUUUGACUUGUGAGAAAACUCAGGAACAACAUGAAAGCCAUUUAAACAUUAACAAUGAAAGGAGGAUUACUACCACUUAGUGUCAUUUUGGAGACAAAUUGCUUACUAGGAAAUUGAUCUUGGCCACACCUUGGCAUUACUGGUUUGCAGAAUUAUUUCCCUAUCCUUUUCUGAAACCUAUUCAACAUAAAAUCAAACAAUAGCAACUCUGGCAAGAAUCCUCCUACAUACACAAUGAAAAAAUAUUUCUGAGCUCUGCAAGUGAUAACAUAAGCAUCACACUUUUCCCAGCAACCGAAAGGUAGGAGUUAGACUAAAGCUUGCAGGACUUUAAAUGGCUUUAGUAUUUAGAACGGUGGCACAAUUGGCUGGAAUUUCAUUAUCUUUGCUGGGAUGGGUUUUAUCCUGUCUUACAAACUACCUGCCACUUUGGAAAAACCUCAACCUGGACUUAAAUGAAAUGGAAAACUGGACCAUGGGACUCUGGCAAACCUGCGUCAUCCAAGAAGAAGUGGGGAUGCAGUGCAAGGACUUUGAUUCUUUCCUGGCUCUGCCUGCCGAGCUCAGAAUCUCCAGGAUUUUAAUGUUUCUGUCAAAUGGGCUCGGAUUUCUGGGCCUGUUGGUCUCUGGGUUUGGGCUGGACUGCUUGAGAAUUGGAGAGAGACAGCAAGAGCUCAAGAAACGACUGUUAAUCCUGGGAGGAAUUCUCUUCUGGACAGCAGGCAUCGCAGCCCUUGUUCCAGUGUCCUGGGUCGCCCACAGGACAGUCCAGGAGUUCUGGGAUGAGACCAUCCCAGAGAUCGUGCCCAGGUGGGAGUUUGGGGAAGCACUCUUCAUCGGCUGGUUUGCUGGGUUUUCUCUCCUCCUAGGAGGGUGUCUGCUAAACUGUGCGGCCUGCUCCACCCAAGCUCCUCUAGCUUCUGGCCACUACGCAGUGGCAGAAACACAGUAUCUCCAUCAACACCUGGAGAUGAAAAACACUCACCUGAAAAUCUAAGCCAGCCAUCAGUGGUGUCCACUCCUCAGGAGAUGCUCGCCCAACCCUGGAUUUGGUAGGAUUUCCUAAUACAUGGUCACCCAGCCAUUAUGCUUAUGAUUUUCUAAAAUGCAUUCUCCCUGUGGCUAUUAGCUUCUUAAAUUGUGAUUUCUUUCUAAAACGAUAAACCACUUUUAUCUUCUACUGUGAAACCAAAACAAAUCAAUACUUAAUAGUAAUCAUACUCAGUACUGACGAAUUUUUGUUUUAAAAUAGAUUCAGUGAUUGUACAAAACUAGUAAAUCAAACAUUCUAUUAGUACUUAUAUAUUUUUGGUGUUAUUCAUAGAGAUGAAUAUUUUGGGAAUUGGAAAUGUUACUGCUAAUCAUUUACUUCUUUCAAGUGUUUAAGAUCACCUACUUCAUGAAACUAUAAUCUUGCUGCAUAUUUAUUUAAAAUGUAUGACAUCUGAUUACACUAAAAAAACUGCUGGCUCUUUGAGAGCUGGAGAGGUGAGAUGUGGGACACAUCAUCUUAUUAAUCAGAGACCUCAGAGCCUCUGAGGAGACUUUCUCACAAGUUGUCCACAUCCAUUCAAGCCUUAUUUACUAUGUCAGAAGCAGAGGGCGGUCUUCUGUUUUGGAAGAUUCCGUGAGAUCUACUACACAAACGUGCCUUUGCUUCUGUGUCCUGUGCUCUGCUGUAGACGGCCAACGUCUCCUCCCUCCCCCAGUGGGGCAGCCACAGGGGACACUGCAGAUCAGGACUGGGUUCAUGGGCAGAGACCCUCCUGGGGCCAGUCCAGGCAGUGUGAUGACAGAGCUCAUAUUUUGGAGCCCUUCGUUUGCUUGCACAGAGAAAAUACUCUGGAUUUUUUUUUUUUUUUUUUUUUUUAUCAGCAAUACAUAUCAUCCAACCAAGAAGUAUUCACAAACAAACUGCUGGCUUGGGGAAUUUUUCAUGAAAGAUUUUAUAUUUGCUUGGUACACGGUUCAAGUAAAUUGUUGUGUUUGAGCCAAUCAGGGAAAUUAACUGAACAAUAAACGACACUGAAAUAAAGUAUUAGGCAAUAUGUAUCUUUGUUUAAAAAAAACAAAAACUCACUGAAUUUUUUUCCACCCACGAACACUUGAAAAGUGCAGAAACCAAAGUUAAUCUAUGUGAUGUAUUUGCACACCUUUACAAACAAGACAUUAAAACAGAAACAUAUUCAGAAUUUAACCUGAUUAAAUAUUUAGUUCAGUCCUGAGCUUUUGAUAUUUAAUACAAUAUAGAUAAAGUAAUAGCAAAAAAAAAAAAGACUUUAAAUUUAUUUGAUUUGCAUGCUACAGAGAGAGAUUCAGCUAAACUUUGUUCAUCUGGCCAGCAACAUUCUUUUUGUACCUGUAACACUUAGAUUCUGAUAUACAAAAUUGUAAUAACAUACUGAUAAUUCAAACUUGAGAACUAAAUAUUACAUUCUUUUUACCCUGUGCAGAAUAAAUUCUACCUUUAAAAAUAGCAUUUAUAAUAUUAAAAUUCAUAUUGUCUGUAUGGUUUUGUGAUCAAGUUAUUAAAAUGUUUUGUCACGGUGAAUCAUUUGGGUUAGUACAAAUAUGACAGGAUUGUUAAAAGCUGCCUAUAAAUACAUAACACAAUUGCUGAUUUUUAAAGUGUGGAAAAGGAUUAUAUUAAAAUAAGUUUCUCAUGUUAGAAAUGAGCAAAUUUUAUAAAAUAAAACCAAAAGCUUCGUGGUCACAACUGUUGACUACCAGCCUGAGACAGAUUUUAUUCUUUUAUACUUGUCUGAAACUUUUUGUAUUUUAAAAAGUAAACAGCUAAUCUGAUGAUUUAUAAAGCUGUAAAUAUUCCAAUAUAGGCUUUUCUAUGUCCAACAUUUAAAAUGGCCAGAACCGAACUAUAUAUUAAACAGAACAUAAAUAAGACCGUAAAUAAAUAAAUGAAGAAAAUAAAAUCGUA